AUGUUGUGCAUAUUUUACGCGUUUCUCUUUAUUGCUAAAACUACUGCAACAGAGAAAGACUUCUGGAAGGAAAUAUUUAAUACUAACGGAUGGAGACCAAUUAGCAGGGAAAGAGCCUUACAUGGUUUCGAUGACAGCAAAGUUUCUGAUUUUAAUUUUAAACAAGGUUACCAACAAACCACUAAUAAUUUCGGUUUGGAAGAACGUAAUUUAGAGAGUCAAGAAAAUUCAAGAAAUUUAUUUGAACCGGGCUCCGUGACUUUUUCCGGAGCUAUCGCAAAAAAUGAACAUGGGCAAGAUGUCAACAGAGAUGAUCGUACAGAAAAUAGCGACUUUCAAAUUAUUUCAACUACUGAAAGAUAUCGAAAAGCUAAAGAUAUUUCCAGUAAAACUUUCUAUAACGUUGUCAAUGACAUUGCUUCUACUCAAAAUAAGACGAAACCUAACAGUGUGGACGUUGAUACCCAACAAAAAGAAGUAUAUAAAAAUAAAAAUAUCGAUUCCAAUGAGUACGAAGUAACUGAAAAUAAUGAGUACGAGGAAUUUCUAAAAGGCGAUGAAAGUAAUUUUAACAUUAAUAAAGACUUAGAUAAUCAGUAUUACACAAUCAACAAAAUGUUCCCAGCUAAUAGAGGUAAUGAUGAGAACGAUUUCACCAGUAAGCUCUUAAACAUACUUUCAAAUUAUAAUAUUAGAGUAAACGAUGUUUUACCAAAUUACGAACUAUCCCGAGAAACAACUAGACGGAGCCCUCCCAAACAAGAAUUUUUAUUAUUGCCUAUCCCCAUUAGAUAUUCCAGCAGACAUAACAGCCUCAAUCACGUAACAGUUGAUCCCCUGUUAGCGGUGUUCCUAUCUAACUACGGUUAUUACUUACCGGGUCAGUACGGCUCCCACAACAAUUAUCAAAAUCUCUACGGAUACUUGGCAUCAAAUAACAUACAUAAUAAUAAACCUUUCGGUUCGUAUAAAAUUUUUGCUGACACUGAUUCAUCUAAUUGA